UCCUCAUUGGUGCCAAGAGAUGAAAACAACCACGAAGAUGACGACUAAAUCUCUGCUUCUCCUUGUCGCUCUGAUUCUCUGCUGCACCUUUGCUGCUGUACAUGGGAGUCCCAGCGGGCGGUGUUAUUGCCUCCGAACUUCUUCUAAACCAUUCCCGGUUCAUACCAUUAAGAAGGUGGAGGUCAUUCCUAUUUCAGGAAACUGUCGCUGGAAACAAAUCAUAGUCACCAAGAAGAAUGACAAGAAAUUUUGCAUUGAUCCAAACGUGUCCUGGCUGGACAGUCUGUUCAAUUUUCUGAAAAGGAAAAACACGAAUGAUGGGAACCCAAACGAUGGAAACCUGAUUGGUGGGAACUCAACCGCUGUGCCGACCAGUCAUCCCUCCACUUAA